GAAAGUGUGUCGGUUAAACUGACUCCCUCGCAUUGCAUCACAAAAUAUAGAUUUUCCUCUUUCACAUGAAUAUAAUUUCUUCAUGAUUAAAGGCGAAUAAUUAUGGGCACUUUUCCAUUGAAAAAUGCUCAACUCAGUGAAAAUUUCGCGUUUCCUAUGGAGGUCACGGCACAUUAAUUUUCCCCGAUUUUUGAGGGUGCGGGUUUACUUCUUCGAACGGCAUACGUGUGAACCGUACCGGGUCGCAUACAAUGCAGGGCUUUGAUUUUCUGCACAUAAUGGGUGACAAAGUUCUCCAUAUGUAGGGGAAAGGGACAGAGGAGUUGGAUUUUCAUUUCGCUCGUACCCGUACCCCCGCCCCGCAAACAAAGUUUGCUCGCCAUACAGAAGGGCAACCUCCGUCACCUUAUGACAUCUGAGAAAUUGAAAUGGCGCUGUCGACACACAAAUAUCAUGAAGCCCACAGUGUGUACAGGAGAUUGACCAACAGAGAGAAAACUUUAAUCGAAUGGUUCCAUGGAAAUACACAAAGUUUGUUGGACAACGCCUUUGCAGUGUCGAUGUCACAGGAUACAGACGUAAAAGUGCUAAGUGUUGGAGCGGGGGACGGUCAUGUGGAAAGACCGAUCUUUUCCUGUCUCAGAGAUAGCUUGGGAUAUUCCAAGAUGAAUGCUACCAUUGUGGAGCCAGAGGCAAGCAGCAUACAGCGCUUCCAGGAUCUAGUUGCUAAAGAGCCUCUGCAUGGUGUGAAUUUUGACUGGAGAUGUCAGACUUUCCAGAAAUACGACAAAUCCGAAGAGGCGAUGGGCGACAAGUUUCACAUCAUAGCUUGCAUGGGCUCUCUGUACUACUUGGGAGACUUGAACGAGGUUUUGAAAAACCUGUACAGCAGGCUUGAAGAUGGCGGCAUUCUACUACUUGGGGUGGCACAAGGUGGAAUUGGUUUUGGAAAGCUAGUGCAGUAUCUUCAAACAAAACUGGACAACGGCGCCUGCGCAGAACGCUACUCCUCCUGGGAAGUCCAAGACGCAUGCAAGAACCUCAACAUGGCCGUCUCACAGACGUACAUCAUCGAGGCGUACCUAGAUAUCUCGAUGUGUCUAGACAAACCCCCUGACCAGCUCUCACAAGACGCGCUAGCUAUGCUUGAUUUUAUCACGUAUAGAGAGGAUUUCGUUCGGCGAGCACCGCCAGAUUUGCUGGGCGAGGUGCUGAGGUUCUUAGGCAGCGAGUGCACGGAGAGGGGUCCGGCUGGGGAGUUCUUACUCGACGAGAGCACCGCCUUACUUGUCAUACGUCGCGAGGGAUAAAUUUUGCACUGUUUUGUUUUUAAAGUUUUUUUGGAAGGGGUAGCUUCUCUGGUGUAAAGGAAUCUGAUUUUGUGUUUAUCCUAAACGUACCUACCGAAUUAUCAAAAAGUUUUUAGAUGAAUUUAGAAAAUUUAGAGGAAUGUUAAUGAAAAUUGUCCAAAUUGAAAAUAACUGCAACGGCGCCCUCAUACGUCAGGAGCCAAUGUAUUUUAACAUUGUGAUGAUUAUGUUUUAUACCAACCUCGUCCCCAGGGUGUUGAGCAGUACGCGCCCACCACUACCUGCUAGGUUGGAAAAAGUAAGCACUGGGGACGAGGUUGGUUUUAAACAACAACAUUAACUGUGUAGUGACAUUUCUUAGUGCUAAGUCAUAUGCUAGAAUAUCAUAAUCUAAUUGGCCAGCACUGUUAGUGGGCGUGGCUUAAGUCAUCUACUGAGCAAUACUGCAUUUUAAUUGGUUAAUGCAUCUCUGUACUUUAGCAAUGAUGUAUAGGGAUCAUGUUAGCCUAUAUACAUAUAACUAUCUGCAAGAACAGACAAUAUCAAUGUACUUCUCGAACCGCAAAUAAAAACAAACCACGAACAGCAGUCGUUAUCAGACUCAUUUUUUUUUAUUCAAUGCAUUUGAUGCCUCAUUCCAUGGUGUACACGGGGUCUACCCGAUGUUCCCCAAUACCGAUGUUUCCAGUGUACACAUUACAGCCCAGAGAACCGUUUCAAAUAAAACUGAACCCUUAAAAACUAAAGUUAUGGCUCCAUGAUAUUCCAGGUACGUCAUGAACAAUAGGGAUGUGGAUUACGUGUAUAUUUUUCAAAAGCAAAAAUUUCACCCAAUGCAAAGUGUUGUUCUUCAAUUCCAACCCUGACUAAACCCACUAACGUAACUGGGGCGCUAGAACUCCUUUUUUGACAUUUGGGAUUUUGUCUGCAUAUUGACUCCUUUUUUGACAUUUGGGAUUUUGGUCUGCACGACAGACCAAAAUCCCAAAUGUCAAAAAAGGAGUUCUAGCGCACCAGUUAGUGGGCCUAUCCCCCUGACAUACUUGGCAUUACUGCUGUCUCAAAAUGUAAACUAGUAUCUGAGAGAUUGAAGUUAUCUUAAAAAGUUAAUUUUUUUCCGUCUUUUUGGCGUCACCUCAUAACGGUAGCAUUUUUAGACAGUUCUUUAAUCCAAAGCAAAAACAUCAUGCUUUAACAAUGUAGCUUAACUUAUGCCAGUAUGUAUGCUAUUGGCAGAAAACAUACUUCUUUUCCAAAAUGUUUUACACUUUAUGAAUUUCAUUUUAGUCUCGUAGAACAAAACAGGUGGCCAAUUUUGAGAUAUUUUGUGGGAAAUAUGUCACAUACCCAAUUAUCUUGACAAAAUAAAUCGAUAAUCAGUAAACAUGGAACAAGAUCUCAAGUCGGGUUUCUUGAAAUUUCAAUUCAUUUGGUGGUUCCCAGAACAAAAUGUGCUUCUAAAAUACAAGUCUGACUAAAACGGCUUUCAACAAUACGUCGAAAAGAUAUCUAUACCAAUUAUGCUUAAAUGUUUUAAUUUUGUUCUAUGUGGCAUAUUAACAAACGGCACAGAACUGAAAACAGACAAGUUGGUGUUUUCCCCUUAAAAAAAACAAAAACCCCAAAAUACAAAUCUUGGUACAGUUUAUUUUAAACACUAACAGGAAAAAUGGAGUCAUCCAAAAGAUUCAAGGCUUUUACUUCAGAAAAAUAUCUCACUAUUUGUGCCUUGGUAAAGAGGUUGUAAUGCACACAAACAAAAGUCAACCCUUUUUGGUAUAACUGUUGCUAACCAUACUAAUGCGGUGAAAUAUUCAACUAUGCGUAGUCUAUUUACUUGUUAGGUUACACAUACAUUGUAUUUGGACCUGAUAAUCUGCGACUGUUUGUUUAAAUGGUAUAAGCGGCAUUUAUACAUAUACCAUUCACCAAAACCCUAUUUGAUACAUACUAGGCGCAAAGCCGUGAAACCAUUACAAAAUCUACCCACAGUUUUUGCUUGAAUAUCAUAUCGAGUUUAACAGUGAGGGUAUUCAGUAAACUCUACUAAACUAUCUUCUUACCUGUGAAAUAGCACACAUAGUGUUAAAAAAAAGACAAUUUCAGAGACUGGAUAAAUGAUAUCUCAAAGGAAAAUAAAAAAAAAAAACCCUUCCUACUAGCACAGUUGCAAAUUUAAUCAUUAUAGUGCAAAAGAAACAAAACCAAAUGCCAGAAAAACACCAAAACAAAACAAGUCGUCUACAUUUUCAUGACUGUUGCAUACUGUGAAAUUCAAAUAUACAAAUCCAGACAGCCAAUCAACUUCACAGGCCUGCUAGAACAGGGCACACGAUUGGUCAAGUAUGGCUGGAUUGAAAAGACAAACUAUCUGAUUGAUUGGCCAAUUGCUGUAUGUUUAAUUAUUUGUUACUAAACCUUUCUCUUUUUUGUCAAAUUAUUUUCCCCAGUGAUUUUGAGUGCACUUUUGCAUGAAUUUUCCAAAUAAGAAUGAGAUAUGCCAACUUAAAACACUAUCUACUUCAAAUAACUACCGAGACAAAAUGGUACAACUUGUAAAGAGCUGCAUAAAUAAAUGUUUAAAAAAUGAACUUGUAACAUGAGGGAAAACCUAAGAUAACAAAACAUUCGCUGAAAGUAAAUGAAGAUUUUCAAAAGACAAAGGAAAGAAAUAGUGACUACAUGUAAUAUAAUGGCAAUAUAAGAAUAACAAUAUUCCAGUCUUUAAAAUUGUUUUGUGUUUCACUAAAAGCAAAACUGUAUUAUAGCACUAAAAAAAGUUAUUCUUGUUCAUCAAAUCUUGUAAAACUCAGUGGCAUCAACUACUCCCAGAUACCCAUGACAACAGCAAAACUUUUAAAAUAUAACGAAUAACAGAAAAGCAACAACAAAAAACAGACAGGGCAUCAAAAAAAAGUAAACAUGCCCUUGCCAUUUGUGGAGGGCACGAUAUAAUAGCACACUGUACAAUGGUUUUCUACACCAUUAGAUAAAACACCAACAUCUAACAAUACUCAGGCCAUUGGAUUACCAGGGGGUAAACCAUUGCACUCAAUUAAACUGUUUUUUGUUUUUUUCUUAAUCUAUACAGGCUACAAUAGACACGUUUCAAUAAAUUCAAUAUAUUGAACAAUAAAUAUAAAUGUAUCGUUAAACAAGGGUCUCAUGUUCUUGUGUCCAUUAUUAAAAACGUUUUUAUUUAAUACUGUGCCAUUUUCAGACUUGCGGCAAAAGACACCAAAAAAAAAGGAGUUUAACGACUGUACAGUGUUCAAAUGGACAUGUUUACAGAAAUAAAUAAAUAGUUUAUAUGCAAUAAUACAUGUAAACUGGAAGAAAUGCAACAGCACAAUAUUUAAUGAGAGUGCUGCUGUCAGUUCUAUACAAGUGUUUAAUAUUUACGGGCAAGCGUCUUAGCCUAGAAUAUAAAGGAUGCACACUUUCAAUGUGUUAAAUAACAAUAUUUACUUAAAAAAGAAGAAACAAAAUCAAAACAAAUGAUAGCUAUCAUACUCUCUGCUGUGAUGUCCGUGGCAGUAUAUCUGUUUGUAUAGGAACUGUUCGACCAAAGGUGAAAAUUAAAAAUCGCAGCCCGAUUAAAAACAUCUUUUACUCAAAACAGCAAAGAACUGUUGUUUGUUGCUCUUUACUAGAAGUGAGACUUUCCUCGACUCUGAAAAAAAAAACCACCGUAACGAGCCAAUCAAAAGUGCUGUUCUAUCCUUGUUAAACGGCUGCUGAUUUCUGAUUGGUUGAAGAUUACCAAAAGAGAUUAAAUGCCCAUCCAAUCGUGUGGUAGCACGAGGCAC